AUGGCCCAUGUGACCAUUGAGUCACUUCCAGUCCAAGUGACUGAAGGAGAAAACGUCCUUUUUGUUGUCCAUGAUCUCCCAGAGAAUCUUACAACCUUUGCCUGGUUCAAAGGUCCAACAAAUAUGACACAAAGAAUUGCAAUGUGUACAAUGGACAACAAUUUAAAUGGGCCAGGUCAUGUGCACAUCGGUAGAGAGACAAUAUAUUGCAAUGGAUCCCUGUUGCUCGAAAAUGUCAACCAGAAGGACACAGAAAAUUAUACCCUACAAACCUAUAAUAGACAUGGAAAAAUCGUAUCAACAACAUCCAUGUACCUCCAUGUGUCUGCCUUCCUUUGGAAGUGUGGGCGCCUUGGCACCUCUACCAAGAUCACUAUUGAAUCAAUGCCACCCAGAGUGACUGAAGGGAGAAGUGCUCUUCUCCUCGUUCACAAUCUCCCAGAGAAUAUUGAAAGCUUCUUCUGGUUCAAAGGAGUGAUUGGGGUCAAGAACCUUUUGGUUAUCCGGCAUAUACCAGAUAGAAAAUCAACUAAGUGGGGGCCUGCAUACACUGGCAGGGAGACCUUGUACAGUGAUGGAUCCCUGCUGCUCCGUGGUGUCACUCAGAAAGACCAUGGAUUGUACUUCCUACAAAUUCUGAGAAGAGAUGAUGCACUUGAAGAAGCUGAGGUGCAACUCCAGGUGGACACUUCCCUUUCUCUGUUCUGUAACCCUCUCACAUCUUCCCAACUCAUGAUCCAAGUGGUGCCUCGGUAUCCUGCUGAAGGGGAAGGUGUACUUCUCCAAGUUCAUAAUCUUCCAGAAGAUCUGCUAAACUUUGUCUGGUACAAAUCAAAGUAUGGGACCCUGAUCCCUAAAACUGUAGAAUAUGACAGAGCUAGGAAUUCCACCAUGUGGUGGCCUGCACACAGAGGAAUGGUGUACAAUAAUGGAUCCCUGAUGCUCCAGAAUGUCACUGAGAAGGAUGCAGGAAUGUACACACUGGAAGUUUCAAAGAAUGAUUCCAAAAUUGAAAAAGCAUCUGUGGAACUUUAUGUAAAGAAGAAUGUGACCCAACCCUUUGUGCAAAUCACUGACACCACAGUCACAGGACAUAGAUCUGUCAUCUUCACCUGCAUCUCACCCGACACUGAUAUCUUCAUCCACUGGUUCUUCAAUAACAAGAGUCUGAAGCUCACAGAGAGGAUGACUAUGUCCCCAACAAAGUGUGGACUCAAAAUAGAUCCCAUCAAAAGGGAGGAUGCUGGAGAGUAUAAGUCCUCCAUUUUAAUCUGCUGGCACCUUUCAACCACUGAUGAUUUUACCAUGGAACCUGUCCCACCCCAUGUGGCCAAUGGAGACAAUGUACUUCUUCUUGUCCACAAUCUGCCCGAGAAUCUUAUAGCCUUCGCCUGGAUCAAAGGGGAGAUAAGCAUGAAUCAUAUAAUUGCAAUAUGUAUACCAAACAAGAAGUUAAGUGUGCCAGGGCGUUUAUAUAGUGGUAGAGAGAAAGUGUAUGGCAAUGGAUCCCUGCUCCUCCAAAAUGUCAAUGAGAAGGACACAGGAAUUUAUAUCCUACAAACCUUUAAUAGACGCACAAAUACUGUGUCGCAAACAUCCAUGUACCUCUAUGUUCACAAGAUCAAGGCCAGGACACAGCAGAGUGCAGAGUCAGGUGUCUAUUGGAACCCCAAGAGGAACAGUAAAACAGUGAUAACAAAGCCAGAAAGUGGAGAUGCAGGGUCUGCAGGGGAAGAGGUCCGGCAGGCGUCACCCCAACACCAACACUGUAAAUGUGAGCAGGGGUCUGAUGGCAAGUAUGUGUCACAGCCCUUUGUGCAAAUCACUGACACCACAGUCGCAGGAAGUAGAUCUGUGACCUUCACCUGCAUUUCACCCGACACUGAUAUCUCUAUCCGCUGGAUCUUCAAUAACCAGAAUCUGAAGCUCACAAAGAGAAUGACUCUGUCCCCAACAAAGUGUGGACUCAAAAUAGAUCCUUUCAAAAGUGAGGAUGCUGGAGAAUAUAAGUGUGAGGUCUCCAACCGAUUCAGUUUGGAGACCAGUCUCCCAGUCUCCUGGCCACGAUGA